AUGUACAAGCAUGUAGAUGAAGCUACCGGAGAGUUAACGAAAGAUUAUAAGCAAGGGCUUACUGAAUAUAUGUGUUUUGCUACAAAUCAAGAGAUUCCAUUGGAGCAAGGUAAGAUGUAUUGUCCUUAUUCUUCAUGUGGUAAUGAAAACAUUAUCAUGGUGGACACUAUUUGGAAGCACUUGUACACCCGGGGAUUUAUGCCUGGUUAUUAUAUAUGGUUUUCCCAUGGAGAAGAUUUUGAAAAUUUAGCAAGCACUAGUAAUCAAGUUGGUGAAGAUGGAUAUCAUCAAUUUGAUCAUGAUAUUGAUAAUAGUGUUGAAAAGCAAGGAAAUUUGCAUGAUGAUCCAACUGGUACUGUGCAGAUGGUGACAGAUGCUUUUCGUGAAACGAUAGAAACCCAAACCGACGUUGAAGAACCUAAUUCAGAAGCGAAAAAGUUUUUCGAUGUGCUUGAUGCAGCAAAACAUCCAAUUUAUGAUGGUUGUGGAGAAGGUUAG